AUGGACAUUGUUAAAGCAGUUCAGAACUAUAUUAACAAGAUGAUCAAUGAUGUAGCAGGAAUGAAAGUGUUACUUCUUGAUUCAGAAACGACUCCUAUAAUUUCGAAUGUAAUGACUCAAUCUAGUCUUCUCUCACAUGAAACUUAUUUGGUUGAUCGUAUCGAUAAUCGUAAUCGUGAUAAGAUGCGACAUUUGAAAUGUGUUUGUUUUCUAAGGCCUACAAGUGAAACUAUUCAAUUACUAGUAGAAGAGCUUAGAGAUCCUUGUUAUGGGGAUUAUUAUUUAUUAGAUGAACAUGAAGUAGUGAGAGAAGUACAGGAAUAUUUUGCAGACUACUGUGCAAUAAAUCCUGAUUUUUAUUCUUUAAAUCUUUCAUUACCGCAAAACCAAUUAUUUGGUAAUUCAUUAAGCACCUGGGAUGGAAAAACUUUACAGCGUGUAGUAGAAGGUGUACUUGGUGUUUUGCUUUCCUUAAAGAAGAAGCCAUUGAUCCGUUAUGAGAAUAAAAGUGCUAUGGCAAAACAAUUAGCAAUGAAAAUACAUUAUCAAAUUCAACAAGAAGGGCAACUUUUUGAUUUUCGACGAACUGAUACUCCACCAAUAUUAUUAAUUCUAGAUCGUCGUAAUGAUCCUGUCACGCCAUUACUAUCCCAAUGGACUUAUCAAGCAAUGGUUCAUGAACUGCUUGGUAUAAAUAAUGGUAGAGUUGAUUUAUCAUAUAUACCUGAUAUAAGACCAGAUUUAAAGGAAAUUGUUCUUUCACAUGAUCAAGAUCCAUUUUACAAAAAAAAUAUGUAUUUAAAUCUUGGUGAUCUUGGAGUUAAUAUUAAAACUUAUGUCGAGGAGUAUAAAUCAAAAACAAAAUCUAGCAAGAAUAUUGAAUCAAUUGCUGAUAUGAAACAAUUUAUUGAAGAAUAUCCUGAGUUUAGAAAAUUGUCAGGAAAUGUUAGUAAGCACGUGACAUUGGUUGGUGAGUUGAGUCGUUUGGUGGAAAAAGAAAGUUUAUUGGAAGUUAGUGAAUUAGAACAAAAUUUAGCUUGUUCUGAACAACAUGCUAAUGGUUUAAAGAGUUUACAAUCACUCAUUACGAACCCUAAAGUAUCAGACGAUAGUAAAAUUAGAUUAGCUAUUUUAUAUUCAUUAAGAUAUGAAAAAUCAAGUAAUGAGAUUACUUCAAUAAUUGAUUUAUUACAUCGUAAUGGUGUUAGUGAACAAAAAAUUUCCGUGAGAUCGAUGAUUCAAUUUGCUGGUGCCGAUAAACGACAAGAUGAUUUAUUUUCUAAUGAAAGUUUUCUAGCAAAAUCAAAAAAUAAAAUUAUGGGACUAAAAGGAGUAGAAAAUGUUUAUACAAGACAUUCUCCUCAUUUAACGCAAACUUUGGAUUUACUGAUCAAAGGGAAAUUAAAAGAUACAAGAGGUGUUACUUAUGAAGAGGCCAAAUCUAUAAUGCAAAUAAAUUCCUCAAAUGCGGGUGUUAGAAUUGUAUUAGGUGGCACCACUGUUUAUAACAGCAAAAG